UUGCCCGCACAAUUACAUAGCUCUCGGUCACGGGCUCACGGCUUCUGCCUUCUUCCUACCGCACGCGUCGUCGCCCAUUCGACGGCCGGAGCUCUCGGUCUUGGCUUCUGCCUUCCGCACGCGGCCUUCCCAUCGCAACGAACUGCAAUCGGAGGGGGGUGGUUGUUGCUCCGCCGCCGACCGCCUCUGGCGGCCGCCAGGGCUCUCCGGGGUGGUAGAUCCGCCCCUGGGUACCCUACCAAUCUAAUCCAUCAUCCAUGGUUGUCUUUUGAUUAGUAGUUGACCUUCCAUGGCGACAUCCAAGGAACAGGCUGUGAAGGACUAUGCUGAUUUCGAGGAGAAGGUUAAGAGAACGAUAUAUAUCGACCAGCUUUCUCCUCAAGUUACGAGCCCAGUGAUUAAAGCAGCUCUUGCCCAAUGUGCAAAUGUGGUUAAUGUGGAGUUCAUUGUGAACUACACAAUUCCGUAUGAUAUCCCUUGUGCCGUGUUGGUGGAAUUGGAUGAUGAAAUGCAAGCCAAGGCGGCUGUAGAACUGAUGAAUGAUUUCCCAUUCAUAAUUGGUGGAAUGCCAAGGCCUGUAAGAGCUACCUAUGCAAAGCCAGAGAUGUUUCGGGAUCGCCCUCCUCGCCCUGGCAUUAAGAAAGAGUUCUGCUGGGUAAAACAAGGGGAUGAUGAGCACGAAACAAUGAAGAAAUUGAAAAACCUUGCAAAGAGGCAAGAAGCAGAGAAUAUGGCACUCGUAAAGACUCAAUUGGAAGAGGAGAAGGAACUGGCAAAGCAGCAGCAGGAAUUACUUGAUGGGAACUGCAAGAAAUACGACAUGCUUGAUACUGUUAUUCAGAAUGGAACCAUCAAGAACCUUGCUCAUCGUUAUGGAGUCAACCUCGAUGACUGAUCAGAAUCCAUGAAACAGCUCUGCAGCUUACUGUCUCUUUUCCUGGGGCGUUGAUAAAUGGUGUGAUCAUGUAGCAGUCCAAUGGGCAAUUGGACGAACAUAUAGUAGCUGUGAUCCACUGGCUGGAUCAUCCAUGUAAAAAAUUGGCCCACUAUGAUGAACCAAUAAUUAGUGUGGCAGCUGUUCCUGCAUUACAAACCAAUACGGCAGCCUUAGUGUAACCUUUUGUUUCUGUAGUUCCGAACAUCACCCUGAGUGUAUUCACUGUUGUGUGAUAUAUACCUUUCUUCUGUCCAA